AAUUAAAACAUCAGACACUUUAUUUCUCUCUCUAUCUCUCUAUCUUGCCUUCAAUUUCGAGCAUUGUUUUUGUACUCUCGAGCCUUAUUUAUCUUCCAACUUAAAAGCAUGACAACCGCAGUGCUCAGAGUUCAGGGCCUCUUGGUUCUGUUUCUGUUGGUGAACACUGUCUUCACACUAUCAGAAGCUCGGCCUUUGAGCAUCACUAGGGAAGUGAACACAGGAAUUAGGGAGGACCUGGAUGUGUUUGAUUGGUUGUCUCUGGGAUCAAUGAAGCAAUCAGGGCCAAGCGGCCCUGGUGAGGGACACAAGUUCACCAACUCUGAGACUUUGGGAGGGAUCAAGAACUCGGGUCCUAGCUCUGGAGGACAAGGACACAAGUUUACCAACAGCCGGACCUUUGGGGAUGUUAAGGAGUCUGGUCCUAGCCCCGGCCAAGGGCACUAGCCAGUUGCCAGCUGCACCAUCUAAUUACCAGGCAAUUUGCAGAUUAAUUGAUUCCUUCAUUCCUUUAUAUACAUUAUUUCGCUAUAUAUCCACCAAUUUGGUUUUUUAGUUCUUUUUUCAUAUGUUAUGUUAAGAACAAAAACGUGAUUGUCUACUGUUUGAAUUAAAUGUAGUUUUUGUUUUCUCUGUUAAUUUUGUAACUUUGCAGCCACGCUGAUGUUCUGCGUGCAAACUGCAGAGCUUAUGUUAUGAUGUAAUUUUCAUAGUACGUCCGGAUACGAUGAAUAAGAAAAUAAUUUCA